GCUCUCACCUGUUUGUGCCACUGGCCGUAAGCAGGGUCUGAUUGGUCCAGAACUGGCAUCGGCGCAGACUACCCCACCCCCCUCAACCGCAAGUACCGCCCGGGUUGGGGCGUAACCCACGCAUCCCACACGUCCUGGUGGUCCCCAAGCCAAGAAGAGUGUCGUCUCCGCAGCCCGCCUGGGAAAAGCUCCACCCUGGGCGCCCAAGUCCCCAGGAAACACUCAAGUCCACCUCUCCUCCUCCACACUGCGGGUACGUUAACCUGGAAACUCUCUCUCCUCCAUCGCAGCUCCCAUCUCAUCCAUCGGUGAUCCAGUCAGUGAUCCAUGGUCAUUUUAUAACCACCAUGCCGCGGCAAUCGAAACCGCCUUCCACUUCGACUGGAAAAAAGAAGCCCGAGCUGGUCGACGGCCGCCUGCCCGUCAAUCCCCGCAGAAAAAAGGUUUUGCCUGAGGAGAGGAAGCGGGUCUCCUCGGCUUGUAACAACUGCAAUGUGCGACGGGUUAAGUGCACUGGGGAGACACCGUGCCAUCAGUGCCGGAACACAAACCGCCCGUGCAAAUAUCCCGAGGUCGUCCCCAAGGUCACCGUUCCAAAGCUGCAAUGGACAGCCUUGACAGCCCUCCAAGCAUGGGCCCCGCAUGCAAUCGAGCUGAAGCGUCAGCUCGAGGCCGGCGAGCUUGUCCGGAAGAUCACCCAUGAGGAUGGUCGGGUAGAGUACCAGCCCGCGAGUGAGCUGCCACCGCUGCCCGAGCUUUCACAUUUCCAAGACGAGGUGCCGCCUGAAGAUGUUGUCAAUGCUGAGUCGUCACGGCUGGCGUUACCACCAGCCCCGGCACCGCAAACAGCGGCACCACUGCCGCAACCACCAACACCCCGUCAGCAGCAGCACCAGCAGGAGCACCAGCAACAUCAUAUAGCGGAGCACCAACACCGGGAGAGGCCGCCGCUGGGUGAAUCACCGCAAACUGGGGACAAGCUGGACAAGAUUCGCUCGGCAUCACCCUCAACUUCAUCCAUCUUGAGUAAACGGUCGGAUUUUUAUCUCAGCACCAGCACUGGUUUUGAUCCUCGAAGUGAUGAAGGACGCAUGUUGGCCGACUCAACUGGCACAAGUCGAUAUUUGGGGGCGUCAUCCGGAGCAACAUUCCUUGACAACAUCAAGAACAUGAUCACCCUGACCACCCCCUUAGCAGCCCUGAUCUCCAAGGGACCCGAGCACAUGUUUUCACAAACUACUGGAAGGUACCAAACCGACGAUUCCCGUGCCUUGCUUGGGCCCCCCUUGAUGGACCCAGUCCGACACCUACCUCCAGCCCCCGACACGGCCAAGCUGCUGGACGAGGUCCGCUACUUCAUCCAAGACGGGACCACUGACGACUUGUUCCCAAGUGGCGGCAUCAUGUUCUGGUCGUUCCCGACCUUCACUGAUCUCUCGGCCCUGGGCACCGCUCGUCGAGACCGAAUCGUGACCGCUCAUGGAGAGCAAUAUCUCCAAGUGCCCCGGGAUGACGAACAGCGAACCCCGCUCGCACUGACCUUUGCCGCGUUUGCUUUCAACAGCCUUCUCGGCCUUGCAGGCAAAGACUCUCGCGUCAAUGGCCGUCUGGGUGAAGACUUCUAUGCCACCUCGCGCCAUCUGCUGGGAGACCCCUGGGACUUUGGCACCUCCACCAUUAAGGAAGCCGCCGUCAUGGGCCUAUUGGCGCUCUACCUUGUUGAGAUCAACAGACGUGACAAUGCGCAUCUCUGGGUGAAACACGCCAUGCACGUUUGCGAAGUUCGUGGAAUCCAUCGCGGCUACACCGACGAUGAGGCCGAAGUCAGAACGUUUUGGACACUCUACAUUAUUGACUCGUGGCUGAGCUGCUUACUGGGACGCACGCCAUCGAUCCCGGAUGAUGGCAUCUCACUUCGGCCCCCCCGAGAAUGCCCCCAUUUUCCAUCUCCCGUCGGCCUGAAGGCCCAUCUGGAGCUGUCCCGCAUCACUCACAAGAUCAUUUAUAAUGGCUUGCGCAGACAGUCAGAUGGCAAGAAGCCCGAAGAUCGGAGGGCCAGGGCGGAAUCCCACGUCAAACGAUCCCUCGAAAGUCUGAAAAAAUGGCUGAAGGCCCUCCCUCCUGCUCUUCAACUCCCCCCGGAUGCCCACACAAAACUGCAUCUUCCCAAUAGCUUGACGACCGAGGAAGUUCCCUCCGGGUUCGGUCGCGAUCGUGCAUGUUGGUCACUGCACAUGUCAUACAAUCAGCUCAUCAUCCUCACCGUUCGUCCUGUGAUUCUAACAGCAGUGCGGAAAGCCAUUGCUAGCCUCGUCAGUACAGGACAGAUGUUUAAUAUCUACGACAACGCCCUGGUGGAAGAGAUUCGCCGGUGUACCGAUGCGGCGCAAUCCAAUCUGCGCCUCGGAUGGCUGAUGCGCCAAAACAGCCCGCAUGGCAGGUUGCUGGUGCAGGAUCUGCACCACAUUUUCAAUGCUGCCGUCUUCCUCACCAUGUACCAGCUCGUCUUUGUUAAUGUUCGGACGCAGCUGGUGGCUGAUGUGGACUGGGCCAUUGAUGUCUUCAAACAGGAGCAGGAGACAGGCUGUGCAUAUGCCAAGGAUUGCUUCGAGGUCCUGCGCGACCUCAGGUUCCUUGUCAGCGAGCUACGGGACUGGAUUCAUAACCAGACCGAGAAGGAGAAGCUCUGGGACGACGACGGGGCGUUGAAGAAUUAUCUAGGCGCCAUGACGGCGCCUCGCAACAACAACACUUCCAAGACAGACCUUGGUGCAGAUGUGCCGAUGCAUGACGUCCAAUUCGAGGGCCGCCCCAUCAAGCAAGCCCACGGCUUCAAGAAGGGGUACGCAAGGAGGAUUUGGGACACGCUAACGUCCUGGCUCCUGUUGGAGGACAACUCCAACGAGGGUGACGGUGGUGGAGAAUGUUUUGUGUUUCUUUCCAGUUCCAGUUCAGAUACCAACUCAAACUGUUCGUUCCCCCCCGGAGGAUACUAGUACAGAGGUCAAGCGAUGCAAGCCUUCUUUUUCUGUCUUUUCAGCGUUUUCUUUUUGGACUUUUUAAAUACACCUCUAUAUAUACGGUGGUUUGAGUCACCGUGGUUCGUUCCUCUACCGGACGCCAUGCAGAGAAAAAGGGGGCCGUGACGGGUACAUUGUUUUGUUUCUUUACCUUACGAGUAAUGAACGAUUGACGAAUAUUUCCGCAGCUUUUAGGGCGAGCCAUGAAUAUGUACCCGAGUAUGUCGCACAGAUAUCAUUCUUUCUUUUGCGUAACAGGGCGAGAGUGUGUCAGCAACUGAGUCGCAACUUGGGUAGUUAGCAGGGUUCUGUUUUUAAUUCUACCGCAUCAAGGUUAUGUCAACUAUGUUACAAGUCCCC